AAAUAUCUACAUCGAACACGCGCACCCUCUCAUGGCAAAGAUAUCGCGCCACACAUUCUUCUAUCGAUUCAGAACCCAAAGAAAAACGCUUUUAGGAUUUAAGGCGAAACUUGAAGUGCCAGGGAAAGUUGCAGUUUGAAUGAUCGAAUCCCCAAUCACUGCCUAAGAUCAGGUGUGGUUGAAGGAAAAGGGACAACAGUGGAAAUUGAAGUUGAAGACGGAAAAAUGCAGAGUGAUGGAGAUAAAAAAGAGGACAUGGACAGGCUCAGUGACAUGCCUAACUUUGUCUUACUUCAUAUAAUGAAAUUUAUGAGCAUGAAACAGGCUGUUCAGACUUGUGUCUUGUCUUCGAGAUGGAACGAACUUUGGAAACACCUAAGUGAUUUGGCUUUGAAUUCCUCAGAUUUUACCAAUCUUACACAUUUCAGCAAAUUUGUUUCUUGGGUUAUUUCGAAUCGAGACAACUCUAUUUCACUGCAUAGUCUAGAUUUGAGGCGUAAAGGCUGCAUUGAUCAUGAACUUCUGGAUAGGAUUAUGGGGUAUGCUGUGUCACACGAUGUCCAGCAGUUGACAAUUGAAGUUAAUUUAAGUGUUAUACUUGGUUUUAGGUUGCACCCUUGUGUCUUUUCUUGUAAAACAUUGACAUAUCUCAAGCUUUCGAUUUGGGCUGUACCUUGGAUGACCCAACUUCCGAGUUCCUUGCAUUUGCCAGCAUUGAAAAGCUUGCAUCUUGAGCACGUCACUUUUACUGCAAGUGAAAGUGAUUAUGCUGAGCCCUUUUCAACUUGUCACAUGUUAGAUACUUUGGUUCUUGAUCGUUUUAACUUGCACCAAGGUGUGAAAUUCCUCUGUAUAUGUAAUUCCAACCUUUCUAGUUUGACCAUUGGUAGUACCAUUCAAGAAGCGCCUUACAAAUUUGUGCUUUCUACUCCAAACCUUAGAUAUCUUACUGUGAUGCGUGAUCCUCUUUACCAACUCUCUGCAUGCAAACUUUGUUUUCUUGAACAAGUAAGCAUUGACUGUGAAGCCUAUUUUCAUACUCAUUUUGAACGGACUUAUUCAGCCCUUAUAAGUCUGCUGCAAGUGCUUGCUGAUUAUGUAAAGAUAAUGAUACUCUCUUCAAGUACCCUUAAGAUUCUACAUGGUCUCUCAACUUCUGGUUCAAUGAUAACUCAAAUUCCUUGUUUUGUUCAAUUGAAGUCAUUGAAAUUGAAAGUGAAAUCUUCGACAAACAUAUCCGAUGAUGGAGUUGGCAGGAUAGUAGAAUACUUACUUCAAAAAUCCCCUUUUGCCAAAGUGGAUAUUAUAAAUUGCUGAGUGAUAUCCAUGCACACUUAAAUCUUCAGUGAUAUCCAAAUAUCUUAGUAAGGACAACACAGACUUUGACCAUCAUAAUUGAAGUGGCUGUAUCCAGGCAUCUAUGAUAUCUUCUAUAGCUCAAGCUAUUAGAGUGCUAUUGUUAAGGUUUAUUAGCUAUUGGAUCUUUGGAUGAAAGGAUAUGUUAAUGAUAAUAUUAAUACACAUUAAUAGUCCAAUUGCAAUUCCUGCUCCUCUUUUUCCUUUUGAAUGUAAAUAGAUGAGCCAAAGUUCUGUGUAUAAUGCCUCUACCAAUGUUUGGAUGUAACUGAAUUACUAGACUUUGGUGUUGUUUGAACUCAUGUCAAUUUUAUAAUGAUGAGUAUGUUUACCAUGUCUUAUCAAUU